AUGGAUAACAAUUUGAAUAAUUUUCCAUUCCCAUAUUUCCCUCCUCUUCCUCCUCAUCCCAUCUCUCCACCACCCCCUCCUCCUCAUACUACCUCUCCACCACCAAAACCCCACCCUCCUCCUCCCCCUCAUCCUCAUCCUCAUCCUCAUCCUCAUCCUCAUCCUCAUCCACCACCACCACCUCCAUUUGUUCCACCACCAUCUCCCCCUCACAAUUACAUCAUAAUAAUAUUUGUUUUCACGACUUUCGGUUGCAUUGUACUUGGCCUAGCUAUUCUUGCUUUCUGUUGCUUCUUGAAGAAAAAGAAGAAGAGCAAAAUAAUAGUUGAAGAGAAAGAAGUGAAGCACAUUGAUGAUCAUCUUAAAAUCAAGGAAGCAAUAGUUGAAGGACCUCAUGGGAAACUUGAGAAAGUGGUACUCUCUGUGGAAGAAGAUUUGCAUGAAGAAGAUGACAUUGUGAGGACAAAGAAAGAGUUAGAAGAAGCUCAUCAUCAUAACUUAUUGCAUGCUAAUGAUAAAUCUUCUGAAAUUACACCUUCUGCUCUUGAAGCUGGCCAUGGACGGUCUUCAACAUCUUCUUCCGGUCAUGGUCAUACCCAAACUUGA